AAACGCAGAUUUGCUUUUGACCGGUCUGUCAUACCGUAGCAAGAAACAUGGCGGCUGCUGCGCUCGUUAGCCGUCCUGCGAGUGUCCUUCCCAGGAUUUCUAGUUCCUGCUCCCCUGUUGUGCUGUCAGCCAUCCCUGUGACAGUCCAGCAGAGGAAGGUCCACCAUGCUGUCAUCCCCAGAGGGAAAGGGGGCCGCUCCUCCUCCAGUGGGGUAGCAGCCACAGUCUUCGGAGCCACCGGCUUCCUGGGCAGAUAUGUUGUCAACCGCCUGGGUCGUAUGGGUUCUCAGAUUGUGAUUCCUCACCGGUGUGACCAGUAUGACCUCAUGUACCUCAGGCCCAUGGGGGAUCUCGGCCAGAUCAUCUUUAUGGAGUGGGAUGCCAGGAACAAGGAUUCUAUCAGAGAAGCAUUGGCGCACUCCAAUGUGGUUAUCAACUUGGUGGGACGAGAGUGGGAGACGAAGAAUUAUCCCUUUGAGGACACCUACGUGAGCAUCCCUCAGCAGAUUGCCAAGGCCACCAGGGAGGCAGGCAUCACAAAGCUGAUCCACGUAUCUCACCUCAAUGCUGACAUCCGCAGCCCCUCCAAAUACCUUAGGAAUAAGGCAGUAGGUGAGACGGCAGUGAGAGAAGAGUUCCCUGAUGCCAUCAUCAUGAAGCCCGCUGAGAUGUUUGGAAGGGAAGACAGAUUCUUCAACCAUUUUGCCAACAUGCGUUGGUUUGGGAGUGCUGUGCCUCUCAUCUCCAUGGGGAAGAAGACAGUGAAGCAGCCUGUUCAUGUGGUGGAUGUGGCAAAGGCUAUCAUCAACGCCAUCAAAGACCCUGAUGCUAAUGGCAAGACAUAUGCACUAGUCGGACCUAACCGUUAUCUCCUUCAUGAUCUGGUGGAGUACGUGUAUGCUGUGGCACACAGGCCCUUUGUGCCCUACCCCUUCCCACGCCCUCUCUAUCAUCUUGUUGCAAGUUUCUUUGCAAUGAACCCAUUCGAGCCUUGGACAACUCCUGACAAAGUAGAUCGGUUCCACACCACAGAUAUGAAGUAUCCAGGGCUUCCUGGCUUGGAGGACCUGGGCAUCGUCCCUGCCUCCGUAGAGCAGAAGGCCAUCGAGAUCCUGCGUCGCCACCGCCGCUUCCGCUUCCUGGAGGCUGAGCUGGCCGAUACCAAGCCGGCCAAGACAGUUAACUAUUGAGUAGCUCGUCUAUCUGCCCAGCACCACCACCAUAACCACAGGCUGAUCCUCCUAUACAGCUGUGCUGUCUUCUUUUACAAAUAUUCUGUACAUAAAUAAAAGAUAGUCUAAAACUA